UAUUAUUAAACUAGGAAAUUAGGAAAAAAAAAAAAUGAGACCACCACUACAUGGGGUUGUAAAUGAUGUCAAAGGAAGACUUGCAUGUUACAAGCAAGAUUGGGUUGCUGGUAUCAAAUCCGGAUUUGGGAUACUGGCCCCAAGUACUUACAUCUUCUUUGCUUCUGCUCUUCCUGUCAUAGCCUUUGGGGAACAACUUAGCAGAGACACAGAUGGAAGCUUGAGCACUGUGGAGACAUUAGCUUCAACAGCAAUAUGUGGUAUAAUACAAUCAAUAGUUGGUGGACAACCUCUUUUGAUAUUAGGAGUUGCAGAACCAACUGUGAUUAUGUACUCUUACCUCUACAACUUUGCCAAAGGAAGGCCAGAUUUGGGAAAACAAUUGUUUCUAGCUUGGGCAGGAUGGGUUUGUGUAUGGACUGCAUUGAUGUUAAUUCUUCUUUCGAUAUUUAACGUUGCUGCGAUCAUUAAUCGGUUCACAAGGGUUGCUGGAGAGCUUUUUGGCAUGUUGAUUACUGUUCUUUUCAUCCAAGAGGCUAUCAAGGGAGCUGUGAGUGAGUUUGGAAUCCCAAAAGCGGAGGAUCCACAAGAAGAGAAGUUCCAGUUCCAAUGGCGAUAUGUAAAUGGGUUGUUGGGAAUAAUCUUUACCUUUGGUGUACUUACGACAUCCUUAAUGAGUCGUAAAGCAAGGUCUUGGAGGUAUGGUACGAGCCAUUUAAGGAGCUUCGUUGCAGAUUAUGGUGUUCCAUUGAUGGUUGUGUUGGGGACUGCUAUAUCAUAUAGUGUUCCUAAAGGAAUUCCACAUGGAGUACCUAGAAGGCUCUAUAGUCCCCUGCCUUGGCAAUCUCAAUCCUUGUACCAUUGGAGUGUUGUCCAGGAUAUGGGUAAGGUGCCUGUAGUAUACAUCUUUGCAGCCAUCAUCCCAGCUCUAAUGGUAGCAGGACUGUAUUUUUUCGAUCAUUGUGUUGCAUCACAAUUGGCACAACAAAAGGAGUUCAAUCUGAAGAAACCUUCUGCUUACCACUAUGACAUCUUGGUGCUUGGAGUUAUGACAUUGAUCUGUGGACUUCUUGGAAUACCUCCAGCAAAUGGUGUCCUUCCACAAUCUCCAAUGCAUACUAAGAGCCUUGCUACACUCAAGAAGCAAUUGAUAAGGAGAAAAAUGGUGGAGUCUGCCAAACAAAGCAUAAAGAGAAAUGCUAGUAGCACAGAGAUAUAUGGCCAGAUGCAAGACGUUUUCAUCGAGAUGGAUCAAAGUCCGAAUCCUUAUGAAGUUGUCAAGGAGCUUGAAGAACUGAAACAGGCAGUGAUGAAGGGAGACAGCAAAGAAGGAAAGGAUAAUAAUGCAUUUAGACUCGAUCACAUCGAUGUUUACUUGCCAGUUCGAGUGAAUGAACAACGAGUGAGUAACCUCCUACAAGCGAUUCUUGUAGGAGGCGCUUUGUUUGCAAUGCCUACAAUCAAAUUGAUACCCACCUCUGUUCUUUGGGGAUAUUUCGCGUAUAUGGCUAUUGAUAGUCUCCCUGGAAACCAGUUUUGGGAAAGAAUCCUCCUCCUUUUCAUCACACCAACCAGACGAUACAAGGUACUAGAAGACGCUCAUGCAUCGUUUGUCGAAUCAGUGCCCUUCAAAUACAUUGCUGCUUUCACUAUAUUCCAGGUCGUGUACCUAGGAAUCUGCUUUGGGAUAACUUGGAUACCAAUUUUCGGAAUUCUUUUCCCAUUGCCUUUCUUUUUGCUCAUUGUCAUACGGCAAUAUAUGCUUCCCAAGAUGUUUCAUCCUUUCCAUCUGCAAGAACUUGAUGCUGCUGAGUAUGAGGAGAUGGCUGGUGCACCAAGGCGCGCUGUUAGCUUGUCUCUAGUGAAUGAAACUCCCGAGAAUGAACUGGUGGGAGAUGAUGCUGAGAUACUAGAUGAAUGGACAACCAACAGAGGAGAGUUAAAGCUUAGAACCUCUAGCUUUGACCGUCCUCAGGUUCACCCUCGAGAGAUUGUUCAUCAGAAGUAAAGCCAACCGAAAAGGCUAACAACUAUAUGUGGAGUAAUCAACUUCGUACAAAAUCAGUAGAAAGCUUUGCUAAGAUGGGGCGAUCUUAUCAUUUGGUCAUAUAUACUUUUUGUUUAAUUUUAUGCGAUUUUACCGAUGAUAUCUUAGCCAAAAAGCUAUAAUUGAGGUUAUAAGUUAUAUUUAGGUUCUAAGUGAGGCGAUAUCAUCAUUUGAUAAUAUAAUUUUGGGUGAUUUUCCGAUGAUAUCUUAGCCAAAAGGUUAUGAUUGAGGUUAUAAGUUAUAUUUUAGGUUCUAAGUGAGACAAUCUCAUCAUAAUAAACUUUUGUAUGAUUUACCGAUGAUAUCUUAGCUAAGGUUAUGAUUGAGGUUAUAAGUCUUAUGCUGAAUACUCCUCCAUCCUAUUUAUACUUUAUUGUUACCCAUGACGUUUUAGCCAGAUGGUUAAGACUGAGGCUAAUUGUGUGUGUGCGCGUAUUUAUGUGCUAGUUCUAAUGCGUUGUAUGACCAAAAUGAAUAAAAUAUCUAUGUUUUUCAUAUA